GUCUCUCCUCCCUCCUCUUUCUCCGUGUGGUCUAUCUCACUGAUACAGACAGUCUCUUGUUUUAAGACAUGCAGCUGUUCCUCUCUGCGCUCUCUCCCUGGGGACACCCACUUGUCACCGACAGACGGACAAAGGGGUCAUAACGACAGUAAGACCCCCCCUGAGUUUCCCUACCCUUUGUUUACCACGGCAAGCCCUGCUUGCUCCUUCUGGGCAGGGUUUAGCUCCUUGUGGGCGGGGCUUCCAAUUCAUUACAAAGCUGGGACUAGCUCCAAACGGCUGCUCUACCUCUGGUUCUGGUCAUGGAAAACAAGGCUUACAAGGGCGACGGGACAUGGCCUCCACCUCAGUGUAAACACACGCUGGAAAGGGAAAAGAAGAAGAGCAAACCUCCCCCUGGCACGGCCUCUGUGGCAACGGGAAAGAGUGGACCACCUGUUACGGUGAUAGAGAUAUCCCCCGAGACGACAGAAGUCAACGAUUAUUACCUGUGGUCCAUCUUCAACUUUGUUUACCUGAACUUCUGCUGCCUGGGCUUCAUUGCAUUGGCCUAUUCGCUCAAGGUGCGAGACAAGAAGCUGUUGAAUGAUCUCACUGGGGCUGUGGAAGAUGCCAAGACGGCACGAGCCUUCAACAUAACAAGCUCGGCACUGGCCACACUUUGUAUUAUUAUCCUGCUGCUCUACCUGCGGUCCCCACCUGCUCACUACUAGGAUCAGAAUAGGAUCCCUGUAGCCAGACUCUGAGUGAUAGCCAUGCACUGCUGAGUGUAGAUGUACAUUAUACACGAGACAUGGGAUGAGUAGGGGGAUACCUAUCUCUCAGAGCAGCAAUCAGUGAGCACAGAGGUCUCUCCAUUUAACCUUCCCUCCUUUAUAUACCCCCGCCUCCGGAACUCACUGUGAUGUCAUUAGGCCACUCCACAAGGCAGCCUCCACAUUGGCUGAUGGCAGCUAAUAUGCAACAUAGCAAUGGAGGGUGUUUUACCUUGUCUGCAGCGCAGGGGCAGGGAGUCCCUUGAGUGAGACUGGGCUAUUCGCUGAGCUCAUUCCUCUCCUGUGUUGAGUUCAAGCUGACCAUGCCUGUGAAUUUCAAUUGUCAGCUCUCUGGGCAGCUGAUUACAUCCCAUUAAAUAAAAGACAUGUUUUCCUAA